UUUUACAGUGUUUUACCAACAAACCAUUUAUUUUACACUUGUUGACUUACGUUUAUUAGAGUAUUAAGAAAUUGUUCGUCCUCAAUCUCUAUCUACUAAAAUCCAUCAAUGUUUUCCAACGGUCACCAUGAUGAUGAACUCGAACCUCGUUCUGUGCCCAAGCCAACACAGUUCCAAGAAAUAUCAGCCAAGCCCGAGGUUCCAGAGUUGUCUGUCAUAUUUGAUGGUUCAGAAAAUAGUUCAAAACCAUCCACUAGGAAUCCAUCAAAUUAUGCUACAAGUAAAACCACUCCUGAAACAUAUAGUGAAUGGAAGAAUCGUCAAAAUCGCUCUCCUAUACACAAAGAAACAAACUACUAUGAACAACGUGACAAACCCUGUUAUGGAUCAUCAUCAUACAGUGAUUGUGAUCAAAUCCCAUACAGUCGUUAUUCAGAAAGAAUGCCUUAUAAUUCUGAUCGAGAAUGUCAUAAAUGUGUUCACCAAAACUCACCAACUGUCAAAGAUAUUUACAGCUUGAUGCAAAUGCAAAGUGAUCAAAUUAAAUUUCUUUUAGAAACUAUACAAAAAUUAUUAGUAACUGUAUUAUCUAAUCAGCAAAACCAACAUAAACAUUGUUGUUGCUUUGAAAACAACCAGUCUAAAAAAAGUGAUGAUUCAAAUAAAGCAGAAAUUUUAAAAAAAAAUGAUACCGAAAAAAAAUGCCAAUUGAAUCAUUCUAAUGAUAACCAUACAAAUAAAAUACUACCUAAUUUAAAAAAUGAAGAACUUUUACAGAAAAAAAAUAAACCAAAUAAAAGAUCCAAUAGUGUUGGUACAAUAGAUACAACAUCUAGAUCAAAGGAUAAGCCAAAAACAUCUAAAAUUAUUAGUAAUAAUGAGGAGGUUGAUAAAAAAGAAAAAGAGAGGACAUUCUCUAUUGCAAGUGAUGAAUCAUUUGAUUUAAAUUCUAAUGAUGUUCAAGUAAUCGAAGCUCCUAUAUCACCUGAUCAGUCAAUUCAUAUUGAAAUGAAAUCAUCAUCUGAAGAAAGUAGCAACAGUGAAUGUGAGGAAGAUAAUGAUAAAAAAAUUGAAGUUGGAUGGACUAUGUAUAAGAAUAUUGUUGGACAAGUAAACAAUUUACUUCAAGAUAAUAAAAGUGAAAUUAAAUCUGAUGUGGCUGAACCAGUGAAAUAUGUAAAACCUACACCAAUGCCUAAGUCAAAGAAUUUUGAACUUUACAAAAAUGUUAUCUUGCCCGAAAAUAGUAAAAAGGAUUCCAGCUUACAAAUGCAAGCACUGGCCAUGCAAUACUUAUCACCUGAGCAAGCUGUUAAAUUUGAUAUGAAUAGCCAUUUUGUGCCAACAACACAACCUGCAAUGCAAUCCCCAAAUAACUAUUCUAUUUCAACAUUACAUUACAUGGAAAGAUAUCAUCUUAUUGCGCCAGAAAAAAACUAUUUAUCAGAUAAUCCACAGCCUAAAUUAUCAACAGAUGGAUCAUUGAACAAAAAUAAAAAAUCAUUACGUAAAAAUAAUACGCCAUCAAAAAUACUUAACAUCACUGAACUAAGACAACAACCAAAAUUAUCAUAAUAAACUACAUUCUUGUUGAGUAAUUAUAUCAAUUUAAGAGAAAACUAUUUUUAUAAUUAUAA